UACACUUUGUGUAAUAAGUACUUGGCUCCAUUUCUCCCUCACCGCUGAAGUGCACAUGGUUUACUUCAGUGCUGGCAAAAUUUUGGUAAUUGUGUCACGGUAGAACUUUUUCGUCGUGUGGAGACGGAAUGUUUAUGCCAAUCGUUUUACGGCAAAACCAGUAAGUGGUGCGUAUCAUAUAACCUUUGUUUUAUGGUGUAAUAUGAGUGAAAUCGACACUUCUAAUAAGCUGGACGAUGAACGAUCAACCACGGUUUGGCGCAGUAAUUCAACCGCAGGUAAUACAGAUUCAAUGAAUACAGUGGAUGGUCCUCUAAAGGAAAUAGAUAUGAAAAUACUUGAGAACGGAGACAAUCGACCCGACGAAGAAAACCUUGCGAAUGACACGAAGCAAACUACCAAAAUAACAAAAAACCUACCUCCACCCCCCGUAGUGAAUCCAUGGAAUAAGAACGCAAAAAGCAAGACUGAAAAGGGAGAUGAAAAAGUACCACAUCAGGAACCGCUCCAAAAACCAGAAACAAAGAAGGCUAAUCAAGAAAAGUUAGCAGAUUUUGAAAGUUGGCCAAGCUUGAGGGAAACAAAGGAAAAUAUCAAUGAUUAUAAGAACUCAACUCCCACAGAAGUCUCCAACAGUUCCAAUGAGGAAAACAUUAAAACAACACCUCGGAAGAAAGGAAAUCGUCAAAAAUGGGUUCCCUUACCACUUGACCCUAAAGGAAAUGAGGGAGAGAACUUGAAUUCUGAGGAUAAUCAAUACAGUCGACGUUCACCAAGCUGGCGUGGUGGUCAAAGAAGUCGAGGUAGGAGAGGUGCUGGUGGUAUAUAUAGAGGUGGGAGAGGACGACGUGGAGGAGGAAGAGGUUUUGAUCUUCAGAUGCAGUAUGCUAACAACUCAUAUCAAUUCUCUAAUCUCACUCCUUAUGAUACGACAAUGUAUAUGGCUCAGAGCUUCUCAGGAAUUUGUUACUAUGACAAUAGUAAUUAUAGUAACAUGCUUGACCAGUCAUUGUUGAAAGAUUACAUUAGAAGACAAAUUGAAUACUACUUCAGCACUGAAAAUUUGGCUAAGGAUGUGUAUCUCAGGCAACAGAUGGAUGCAGAAGGUUAUAUUCCAUUGAGCUUGAUAUCAAGUUUUUACCGUGUACAAGCAUUAAGUCAAGACAAAGAUCUUAUUCGACAGGCAAUGUUGGAGAGUGAUAAGGUUGAAGUGAAAGAUGGAUUAUUGCGCAGUCUAGAGGAUCCUACAAAAUGGCCAAUUUUAGUUUCUCGUAAUGUAUCCGAAACAAAUGGAAUUGCUGAGAAUAAAAAUGCUCAAGUUGUAAAUAAGCCUGAGAAAGAGACAAAUAGCGAUGAUGGCACUACUCAGUUAUUACAUGUCAAUCCAGAAAUUAAAGCAAACUCGUCACUGGAUGGCAACAAAGCUCCAUUGGAGUUUGAAUGGAAGGAAGUUCGUAGGAAGAAGCCUCAUAAGACUCCAGAUAAGAGUUUACCCAAGACAAAAGUGAGUGCUGGUAUUACAUUUCAGCAAGAAGAGUUAGAUUUUAAAUUCGACGAAGAGCUUGUUGGCAUGGGAAAGUUUAAAGAUUACAAAGAAUGCUCUGAUGAUUCUGAUGAUGAUCUGGACGAUUAUGAUGUCGGAAAUAUUAUGAUUGUUACACAAACACCUCCUCCUGCAAACAAGAAACAUGACAGAACGGGAAAUUUCGUCAAACGUGCCCGACUUACUGGUGAAUUUGCCAAAAUUAUCAACGAUGGGUUAUACUUUUACGAGCAGGAUCUUUGGGAUGAUAGUGACGAAAGUUACCUGAGUAAAAAGAUUGAACUUUCAUCGUCGUGGAAGAAAGUCGACGUCAUUUCGAGAGAUUACUUCGACAUCCUAAAUACUGAUGUUCGUCCAAGAUCCAGGAGCGAUUAUGUCACAAUGGACCAGCAAAAUUUUCCGGAGCAGCUGCAACUUACAGAAAUAUUAAAUCAGUUGUCGCCUAGUGCCCCUGCGUUCCGUCCACGAGCAAUGACGACUCCGGACGAUCAGUUAUCGAGAUCACUUCCCACCAACGUGCCAGGUCCAGCUUCCCCCAGUAAACGGCCUAAAGGUUCUCGUACUCCGAAGCAUCUAAAAGACAACAGAAUUGCUCCCCGUUUUUACCCUGCAAUUAGUAAAGAAAAAUUGUCCGAUGAUGGCUUGCCCAAGAAACGAAAAACCAAAUAUAGCAAGAAUCCUCCUGUCGAGCAGCAUGUUGGUUGGAUUAUGGGAAGUAAACCACUUCCUUCAUCGAGUGCUUCUGCGGGCGCAUCUCCAGUACAAUCUCCAUCUUUUCUUGGACCCAAUCUUCCAUCGACGUCGUCUUCUCACUAUGGCUCCGCUCCCAUUUCAUUCCCACAUUUUCAGCAUCCUUCUCAUGAACUUUUAAAAGAGAAUGGAUUUACUCAACAGCUGUAUCACAAAUUCCGUCAAAAAUGUUUUAAAGAAAGGACGAAGAAUGGAAUUGGCCAUUCACCAGAAAUGAACACACUUUACCGCUUUUGGUCGUUUUUCCUUCGUUCACAUUUCAACCGAAAAAUGUACACCGAAUUUAGAAAAUAUGCCAACGAAGAUGCAAGAGCCGGCUAUAGAUAUGGCGUGGAGUGUUUAUUCAGGUUCUAUAGUUAUGGUUUAGAGAAAAAGUUCCGAGCGGAUCUUUUCCAAGACUUCCAGGAAGAAACUCUUUCCGAUCAUGAUUUUGGAUUUCUUUAUGGACUGGAAAAGUUUUGGGCGUUCUUGAAAUACUAUAAGGGAGAAACCUUACCUGAUAUAAGUCCUGAGAUUACCAAAAGGCUUGAAAAAUAUAAAACAAUCGACGACUUUCGGAGUGACCCAUUGAACAAAGUUGCAGAAGAAAACGAUUCGGGGGGAAAGCUUUCUACGAAAGUUAAUGCCAUGGGGAAAAUCGAAUCAAGAAAAGAAGGUCAUGAUAAACGUACCCCAAGCCAAAUACAGUUGGAUAAAGAGCAGAAAGUUGAUAGCAGUAACAGUGAAGCUCACACUGCCACUAUUACAACUGAUAAACAUAGGGUAAAGGGUGAGAAAAAACUAUCUUCAAAGACUAAAGAUAGUGAAAGCAAGUUAACAGGAGGUCAAGAUAUGGAACUAGAGAACUUCGAGAAAGUAGGAUCGAGUUCUAAUAUGAGUAACCAAGUGAACAAUAAUCAACGUAGAUCAAAUAAAAAUAACCCAUCUGUAUCCAAAACUCAUCUUCGUUAUGAUGUCAGCUCAUCAAAUGACGAUCAUAAACCAUCAUCAUCAAGAGGUCACAAAGUGAAUCGAGCACAUCAAGGCCUUUCCAAAGAACAGCGUUCGUUAUCAAGUAAUAAGGAAGUGCACUCUAAGCAACUUUCGUCUAAGGAUCACAUGAACAAAAAUCAACCAGCUAUGGAGAAAGCACAACAAAAAUCUUCUAAAGAACAACAUUCCUUGUCGAAGUGCUCCAAGCAAGAUACGUCAAAGAAACAGCAGAAAAGUGAAAAAAAAGUGCUUUCACAAAAAAAACUUGAUCAACCUACGAAUCAGGCAAAAAACGCUAAUCACACGACAAACACUUUAGCUAAAAACGAAAACUUGUCUGGUAGUAACAGUAAAGAAUUGCAGACAGACAGCAACUUAAAGGAACGUUAAAAGCAAGUUAGUGGAAGUUGCUUUUAAAGAUGUUUUUUGACGAGUGUCAACAUAAGGUCGACUUCCUAGUUGCCUUUAUUCAUAAUGGUCAUUGGAAAGUUCAAAAAAGGCAAUGUUCUCCAAUGAUGUGGGAUGCUCUUUGUGAACACACGUAUUCUUUACUUUGUGAACACACGUAUUCUUUACUUUGUGAACACACGUAUUCUUUACUUUGUGAACACACGUAUUCUUUACUUUGUGAACACACGUAUUCUUUACUUUGUGAACACACGUAUUCUUUACUUUGUGAACACACGUAUUCUUUACUUUGUGAACACACGUAUUCUUUACUUUGUGAACACACGUAUUCUUGCAUAGUGUCUUUCGCUUCUUUGCCCUCAUUUUCAGAGUUUUUAGUUUUAGAAUGCACGAAAAACUUUUACAUAGACAUUCACUCACCGGUCUCUAGACUUUACUAAGUAUACGGUUUAGUUAUGUACAAUAUUUGUGUCGUCCAUUUAAACAUGUAAUUCCUCCUCGACUCGUGAAGUGAUUAAGAAGCUGACGAUGUUUCAUGCGAAGAACGCCAUUUGAAUAGAGAACAUUGGGUGCACUGUGUAGUUGUUGGUCACAACCAAAGAUACAAUUAUCAUGUUGCACGACUUUCAGGAAAUCUCUUGGUUGACUUGAGUUAUUUGUCAAGCAAUUAUCUGAAAGCAAUUUGACGUCAUUGUUGUAUGGAGUCGCGAUUGCUUUGUUAAACAAAGUGGAUUGUAUACUAUUUGUAAUUUGACGUUGAAGAAAAUGCACAUUCUGAGUGAGUGCAUUGAUCAAAUUGUGUUUGUUUCUUGCAGCUCGCCAAGUCGUGGCUUUCUGACAUUGUGAAUUCUAUUGACAAGACUGUCUCUUGCUGUUUUGAGAUUACACAAUUUUAAUAUCACGUAUUUUUAAAACUAUGGAAACAGAGCUCCAUAAUGAUUUGAGGAUUUCAGAAACUUGGCUGUUUGUGCCCUUCGUGCAUGUUUCAACGAUUCAUUCGCCUGUGAAGUCAUGAUAAAAAAAUGCCAUCAUAAUGUUCCUCUCAUAUUGAUGAAAGCGAUUAUUUGAACAGAUUUAGAAACAUUUACGGUCAUUUUGUUUGUUAACUUACGUCCCGUUUGUUUUAUUAGAUUGCUCUGGUUUUUAAUUUAUUAAGAUGCGGUAUCAUAUUAUGUUUUUGGUUUUCUUCCGAGAGAGAAUUUAAUAGCUUUAUUAUUUAUAUGUCUAUGUAGAAAUUUGAAAUUAAAUACCAUUUCAUCCUUGAA